UCAGGCAUAAUAUAGUCAGGCAACUAUAAACUCUAUGUCUAUAUAAAGAGCCGAAAUGGAGGUGACAAAUACAAGCUUUCAAGCUAUUUGAUUUGUGCCUUUUCUUCUCUAUGACUACCUUCUUUGAAACAAGUAACAGAUCCUUAAUGGCAGCUAUAGUGUUUCUUCUAGGGUUCUUGAUGGCGAACCUUGCCACAACAGGUGCACAAUCUGUAGGUGUUUGUUAUGGAAUGCUUGGCAACGAUCUGCCAUCUGUGCAAGAAGUUAUAGCUCUCUACAAGUCAAACAACAUCAAGCGAAUGAGAAUCUAUGAUCCGAAUCAAGCAGUUCUACAAGCCCUUAGAGGCUCUAACAUUGAAGUCAUGCUAGGUGUCCCAAACUCAGACCUUCAAAGCCUUGCCAACCCUUCCAACGCACAAGCAUGGGUACAAAAAAACGUACUAAACUUCUGGCCUAGUGUCAGGUUUCGAUACAUUGCAGUUGGAAAUGAAGUGAGUCCUGUUAAUGGAGGCACAGCUGGGUUAGCACAAUUUGUUCUCCCUGCCUUAACCAACGUAUUCAAUGCAAUUAGAUCAGCUGGCCUUAAGGACCAAAUCCAGGUUUCAAUUGCAAUUGACAUGACCUUAAUAGGUAACUCCUACCCUCCAUCACAAGGGGCUUUCAGAGGUGAUGUUAGAUCAUAUUUAGACCCAAUCAUUGGUCACCUAGUAUACGCUAAGGCACCCUUACUAGCCAAUGUGUACACUUAUUUUAGCUAUGCUGGAAAUCCACGCGACAUUUCUCUUCCCUAUGCUUUGUUUACUUCCCCAUCAGUUGUGGCAUGGGAUGGACCCAAUGGAUACCAAAACCUUUUUGAUGCAAUGAUGGAUGCACUGUACUCAGCUCUCGAGAGGUCGUGGGGCGGUUCAUUGGAGGUUGUUGUUUCAGAGAGUGGAUGGCCAUCAGCAGGUGGAUUUGCUACAUCAUUUGAUAAUGCACGUACUUAUUACUCAAAUUUGAUUAGGCAUGUCAAAGGAGGUACACCAAAGAGGCCUGGGAGGGCAAUAGAGACCUAUCUUUUUGCCAUGUUUAAUGAGAAUCAGAAACAACCAGAGCUAGAGAAAAACUUUGGCUUGUUCUUCCCAAAUAAACAGUCCAAAUAUAACCUCAAUUUUGGUGGAGAAAGAAUCUGGGAUGUCACUGCUGAAUAUAAUGCAACAGUUUCCCUCAGUAGUGAUAUGUAAGAUUGUAAUAAGCACGAGUCCUCUCUUUUUGAGUGUCUUCAUCUUAAUAAUCUAGUCCGAAUCCAAUGCUUGUAAGUUUUUUUGUUUGAUGAAUAAAAAUCUUUCACGUUUCGUUUUUCCUUAAA